CCAAAUGUCCUUUUGCAGCCUCACAAGAAAAAAAAGCCCUUCAUAGAGAAGAAGAAAGCGGUAACGUUUCACUUGGUGCACAGAAGUCAGAGGGAUCCGCUUGCUGCUGAUGAUACUGCACCCCAGAGAGUUCUGCUGCCUACACAGACAGGGCAUGAGGAGCGAAGGAGGGAAGAGCAGCGGAAAUACGGAGUCUUCUUUGAUGAUGACUAUGACUAUUUGCAGCAUCUAAAAGAAGCAUCUGGUACGUCUGAGCUCGUCCCUUCUGUGCGUGGACAGCAAAGCAGAAUUGUUGUCACAAGUGACGGGCACAUAGAAGAUGAAAUUCAGCGAGUUCCAGCUCCAUCUAUUAAGUUGCCUUCCUCAGUAUUUGCCACAGAGUUUGAAGAGGACGUGGGGCUGUUAAAUAAAGCUGCUCCUGUUUCAGGACCACGGCUAGAUUUUGACCCUGAUAUUGUCGCAGCUCUUGAUGAUGAUUUUGAGUUUGACAAUCCAGAAAAUAUCCUGGAAGAUGAUUUUGUUCUACAAGCAAAUGACCUACAGAAGGGGGGAUCAGAUGCUGGGGAUGAAGAUCAGUGGGAAGAUGUGGAGGAUGAUAGUGAUGAAAAUGACAGUUGCAAUAAUGAUAAAGACUACGAUUCAGAAGGUCCUUUAUCAGAUGACGGGGUUAACGGACAGGCAAAAGAAUUUCUUUUUAUGCAGGAAGAAACCAGGAGUCGUUUCACAGAAUAUUCUAUGACAUCUUCAGUAAUGAGAAGGAAUGAGCAGUUAACCCUGUUGGAUGACAGAUUUGAGAAGUUUUUUGAACAAUUUGAUGAAGAUGAAAUUGGAGCCUUGGAUAACGUGGAGUUAGAAGGCUAUAUUAAUGCGGACAAUGCUCGCUUGCAGGAAGUCCUGAAUGAUUACUAUAAAGAGAAAGCAAAGAAUUGUGUGAAACUGGAUACUCUUGAACCCUGUGAAGAUUUAGACUCGCUUGUGAAUGACGAAAGUGAGGAAGAAAAGGAAGAAAUAGUAGCUGUAGUUCUUGAGGAACCAAAAGAAAAGUGGGAUUGCGAAUCCAUUUUGAGUACGUAUUCAAACUUAUACAAUCAUCCAACGCUUAUUAAGGAACCAUCAAAGCCCAAACCAAUAAAAGUUUCCCAGAAGACAGGAAUUCCCCUACAUAUCUUGCCUCAGAAGGGCCUUACUGCUAAGCAGAUUGAACGCAUGGAAAUGAUUAACGGCAGUGACCUGCCAAGAGCAUCAACGCAGCCACGUUCCAAAGAUGAGAGCAAAGAGGAUCGCAAAGCUAGGAAACAAGCUAUAAAAGAGGAGCGCAAGGAACGCAGAAUGGAGAAGAAAGCCAACAGGCUAGCCUUCAAACAGGAGAAAACCAGGCAAGAAAAGGAGUUGCUCAACCUGAAACAAAACGUUCAAGGACUGAAGUUGUCUUGA